CGGAACUAAGCAAGGGAUGGAGUUCUCACGUUUAAAUCCGAGGUAAAUCCGAUACGUCCACCCACAUAAAAGGCAUGAAAACGAGCAAAACAGACUAAUACCAGAGCAUUGAAGUACUCCCUCUUACCCAGAAGUUCUGUUUUAUCCUCAAAAAUCAAACUUCUCAAGAUGGCGCCCCUCAAGCAUCGUCCGUUGGGCAAAGAUGGCCCCGAGGUUCCGCGUCUAGGGUUCGGCACUAUGGGCUUAAGUACAUUUUAUGGUCCCCCUAAGUCAGAUGAAGAGCGAUUAGCAGUGCUCGAAAAGGCGCACCAGAUCGGUGAGACAUUUUGGGAUACAGCUGCUUUGUAUGGAGACAGCGAGGAACUUCUUGGGAAGUGGUUUGCUGCGAAUCCUGAAAAGCGCAAUGACAUCUUUCUUGCCACCAAGUUCGGUAUCGAUUUUGUCGAUGGGAAAAUGGAAAUCAACAGUUCCAGGGCAUCUUGUAUGGAAUCAUGCGAACGGAGCCUAAAGAGACUCGGUCUACAGUGCAUCGAUCUCUUCUAUGCGCACCGCCUUAAUCCACAGACCCCAGUCGAGGAGACAGUGCAGGCCAUGGUGGAGCUCAAGCAGCAAGGAAAGAUCAAGUACUUAGGCCUCAGUGAAGUCAGCAGCGACACCCUACGACGUGCAUGCAAGCUCCAUCAUAUCACCGCGGUACAGAUCGAGUAUUCUCCUUUUUCCCUGGAUAUCGAAUCUGAUCAGGUCCGUCUCCUCGAAACCGCUCGGGAACUAGGAGUUGCAAUUGUUGCAUACUCUCCCCUCAGUCGUGGAAUUCUAUCCGGCCAGAUACUAUCUCCGGAUGAUUUUGCAGAAAGUGACUUUCGGAGAUAUCUCCCUAGGUACAGCAAGGAGAACUUCCCCAAGAAUCUGGAGCUGGUGAACAAAUUGAACCAGAUAGCUUCAGUAAGAGGAUGUACCACGAGCCAGUUAACCUUAGCGUGGUUAUUGGCUCAGGGGGAUGAUAUUUUCCCUAUUCCAGGGACGACGAAGAUUCCAACUCUCGUGGAGAACUUUGAGUCUCUUAAUGUGGAUCUCUCCCCUGAGGAGGUCAAACAAAUUAGAGACUUUAUUGAGGAAACUGAAGUUCAGGGAUCACGGUAUCCAGAGGCGUCAGCUGCAACACUCUUUGUCGACACGGUGCUGCCGCAAUAACUUGGCCAGCUUUACCAUUACGAAUAUCGACGCCAAUAUCAGUUUUCUUGUGGAAAUAUGUCGUUGGGAAAGUCUACAGUAAUCAGUCUUGCUCUACUUACUCUACGGUAAUUCACUCUUUUUGCCGCCGUACCGGAGUGAGGAAGGGAGGGGAGGGGG